AAUACAUACGGGUGUGUCGCAGCAAACGCGGGCGGAGACACCACGAGGUCGGUUAAUGUGACUGUCAACAGAGUCGAUAACGAAUCAAACGAAGUCGGCGGUGGUGGUCCCGACUUGGUACCGAUUGUGGUCGUUGUUGCAGUGUGUGGGGUCUUGUCUAUAGUACUGAUGGUGGCUCUCGGCGUGUGGUGUUAUCGAAGAUGCCAACGCAAAGAGGACACGAAACCGGUGGCUACACUGGACGACGUGCCGCUCAAUGAAUUCGAAAUAGGGGAGUCAGUUGGAAAGGAGGAGUAACAGCUUGGUCGGUUCCGGUCGGUAUUGGACGGUGUGCAAGGCCGAGUUGAAGAGACAGAAGACUUUCGGCGCCGAUUCUGUGGCCGUUAGUGUGUUAGUGAAGGAGUUCCAUGAGAAGGGGUUCAGUCGAGAGAAAUUUAUGGCCGAUGUGAUGUGAUGGCAAUAAAGAGUCUGCAGCUUGCGAGCGUGGCGAGGCUUGUCGACGUUUGUACUUCCAGGCAUCAGCCGUAUUUGACGGUGACAGAGAAUUUAGAUCAGGGUGACUUGAAGAAGUACUUGACAGAAAUACGUUUGUCAGAGGGGCAUCUCAUGAUGUCUGAUCAAAGUUCGCUUCUACGGCAGGCAACCGCUGGUUUUCAGUACUUGUCUGAUCGCAAUCGUAUUCAUAAGGACGUAGCCACUAGGAAUUGUUUGGUGAGCAGACAUCUAUUGAUAAAAAUAUCAGACUUGUGUCUUUGUGUCGAUGGAUACGAGGACGACUAUGUGCUCGAGACGCCUGCUGUGUCUGGCCAGUAUCGCCCAUUGCAGUGGAUGUCUCCAGAAGCCAUUUUUAGAGAUGAAUUCACAAAGGAAAAUGAUGUCUGGUCGUUUGAUGUAUUCAUGUGGGAGGUCACUGUGUUGGCAAGACAGCCAUACGAAGGACUGACAAAUGCUGAGGUGAUCACAGCCAUCGGGAAUAGUCGGGCUCUUGAAGAAUUGGACAGUUGCCCGGAUGAUCUGUAUGAGAUUAUGCAAAGUUGUUGGCUCAAGGAGCCGGUAGAUAGACCAACGUUUGAACUAAUAUGUGGUCUCUUAUAGAAUAGAAUAGAAUAGUGAUAUUGAUAGGUUGGCGUUGCUGUCAGAUUGCCUUGCCUUGCCCAUGACAGUUGAUUGAUACUGUAGCUUACAUUUUUAGGAUAUAUCGCUCAGUCUGAUGACUGUUAGUAUUAUAUCAUUUAUACAAAUUAUGAAAGUCUCGUUUAUGAC